UGGAUAUGGACAUCACUGUUUCCUAUGCUGACAAGAAAGUGUUCCUGCAGAGUAACCGAUCGGAGAUCUACGUUCUACAGGCUGAGUUUUCAUCACAAAACCAACCGCAUCUGGAUCAGGCACAACUGGAUUUUAUCAGAGAAGCUGUGGAGAAAAUAGGAAUUCCCAAAGUCCUGUCGGUGUUUGAGACAGAGGUAACCAGGCUUCUGGACGAACAGGGAACUUACCUGUUUGACAUCUUCAGCCCGGAGGUGCUUCCUCAGGAGGGCUUCACUGUGAUUCAGAUGGAUUUUGGUUUCCCUCAUCAACUGCUGGUGGAGUUCCUCAGAAGGACACUACAGUAACUAAGCAACCCUUCGGCAAAAUGAGACAUAUUCAUGUUUGUCUCAAAGUGCUGCUACUAUAAAAAUGUACCCUUUAAUGUGUAAGCUAUGCAAAAACAAUGUUGUUGCAUUUUUAUUUUGACCAUAUUGUUUAGAUAAAAUGUAGAUAUUAAUGGUUAUAACAAGAUUUCCCUGAUAACCAUAAAGUGUAAAUCAUUGCUAAAAAGGAAAGUACUACUGAUUUUAAUACAUUGAUUCAGUCUAAUUUUCUAUUAAUAACAAACCAAAAAACAGACAUACAGAAACUGACCAUUUACAUUUUUGUAAGUGU